CUGCUGUUUCUCGUGUGUGUGUGUGCCUUAAGUCACUUUGAUCAGUUUCGAAUUUUUUUCAUCCCACAAAAAGUCGUGUUGUACCCAAUUCUGGCCAGCAUGGCGGCGUCGUUAGGAAGAUUUUGUAGCUCCAAAUUAUUAAAAUCAGCAUCUUCAAUUAAUUUACAGCAGGCAAAUAAACUGUCUACAACUAAAAACUGGACGAAUGGCCAAAAGAAGCUUUUAGCAUCGCUUGGUAUCCUCACUGGUGGUGUGGGUGCACUUGUCUUUGCGUUAGAACAGUCUGUGGAGGCAUCGGGAACUGAAGUGCAUCCGCCAGCGAUGCCAUGGAGUCACAAUGGAGCAUUUUCUUCACUUGACCAUCAAAGCGUACGGAGAGGGUAUGAGGUCUAUAAACAGGUGUGUGCUGCCUGCCAUUCAAUGCGCUUUAUUGCAUAUCGCAAUUUAGUUGGCUUUACGCAUACUGAGAGCGAAGCUAAAGCGGAAGCUGAGCAAAUUAUGGUAAAAGAUGGCCCUGAUGAUAGCGGUAAUUACUUUGACCGUCCUGGCAAAUUGUCAGAUUAUUUCCCCUCGCCAUAUCCCAACGAGGAAGCUGCACGUGCUGCCAACAAUGGUGCUUAUCCACCGGAUUUAAGUUACAUUGUAUCUGGUCGUAAAGGCGGAGAAGAUUAUAUAUUUUCUCUGUUGACCGGCUACUGUGAUGCGCCAGCUGGCGUUAUAUUGAGAGAGGGACAGUAUUUCAAUCCAUACUUCCCAGGUGGUGCCAUUUCAAUGGCACAAGUACUUUACAAUGAGGUAAUUGAGUACGAGGAUGGCACACCACCAACUGCCAGUCAAUUGGCUAAAGAUGUAGCCACUUUCCUUAAGUGGACUUCUGAACCAGAGCAUGAUGACCGCAAAAGGUUAUUGGUUAAAGUUAUUGGCAUAAUGACUUUCUUAGUCGCUAUAUCCUAUUACAUUAAGAGACAUAAGUGGUCCGUUUUGAAAUCAAGAAAAAUUGUCUUUGUACCAAAAGAAAAAUAAAUAACUACAAAGUUCGUCGUAUGCAACUUAUAGUAUACUUAAAGCAACAAAAACGGAGCUGAGAGUUAGUCUAUUUGAACUACCAAUGGCAUCAGUAAGAAAUCGCGAAGCUUAAAUAUAAUUAGAGAAUUGUUUAAAUAAUAUUAAAAACUUAACGUUAAUUAAAAUAAUUGAAUUGAAAAUAUAAACAAGCCACAAACAAUUAAGUCAGAUUAAACCAAACGUUUUAAAAAAAAAUUCAAUCAAAGAAUUUUUAUUUAUUAAUUAUUAUAUAUAAAGAUAAUAUUAGUAAAAUUA